AUGGCCGAAUCUAUGAAUAAAAUUUUUAUUGCUAUAAUAGCAAUUGCAGUUGCUGCUGCUGCAACUAAGAUGUUCACUAGUGAAGAACCUAAAUCUAAGGCUCUUCCAGUUUUAGUUAAAGGUGAGUACAUGCAAUUCCCAUUAGUUUCCAUUAAGAAAUUGAACCGUAACUCUGCUAUUUAUAGAUUCAAGUUACCAACUGAUGAACACGUUUUAGGUUUACCAAUUGGUCAACACAUCACUAUUAAAGCUCACAUCGAUGGUAGUGAAGUGGUUAGAUCAUAUACACCAAUUUCCUUGGAUUCUGAAGCUAAAGGUUAUUUUGAAUUAUUAAUUAAAUCUUAUGAACAAGGUAAGAUCUCUAAGAUGUUUACUUCAUUGAAGAUUGGUGACACUAUUGAUGUACAAGGUCCAAAAGGUUUCUAUGAAUACACUGAUAGAUCUUCCAAGCAUCUAGCUAUGAUUGCUGGUGGUUCUGGUUUGACCCCAAUGUAUCAAAUUAUCAAAUCUAUUGCUGAAAACCCAAAAGACAAAACCAAAGUUACCUUCAUCUAUGGUAAUGUUGAAGAAAUUGACAUCUUGUUAAGAGAUGAUUUGGAUAAAUUUGCUGCUUCGAAGCCUGGCCAAAUUACAAUCCAUUACUUAUUAGACAAGCCAAGUGAAAACUGGAAAGGUGGUUCUGGUUACGUCACUCCUGAAUUAAUGAAGGAAAAGUUGCCUGCUCCAGCUGACGGUGUUCAGUUGUUAGUAUGUGGUCCAUUACCAAUGGUUUCUGCGAUUAAAAGGUCCGCUGUUGCAUUAGGCUUUCCAAAGGCCAAACCAGUCUCUAAGAUGAAUGAUCAAGUCUUUGUCUUUUAG